GUUCUGCAUGAUCGGAUCGGCAGAGUGGGUAGGAUCGGGCAGGAUGGGCAGGAUGGGGCCCCUGGGCAGGAUGGUGUUGAAAGGUGUGGAACGUGUGAAGUCCUCGAGGGUAGAAUUACUAACCUGUAUGCACGUAACAGGCAUCACAGGCAUUGUAUUUAGUGUGGAUGCGAAUUAGGAAAAUGGAGGACGAUAAAGUGAAAGACGAUCGAUUUCGUCCAAUUUUAAAAAUAAGUCCCCUCUAUCUACCUAUCUUGUGAACUUGUGCACAUAAUCCAAGUCAUGUAGUGGUACACACGUCAGAACUUCAUGUCUGUAUCACCAGGAUUCUUGUAAGCCGCUUUCUGACACAACCCACAGUCCGUCAUGUGUGAUGAUCAAGUUUCAGGCUCACAAAAGAUUCUGCAGUCCGUUGCAGCAGGAGUGCCAAAAAUUGUAGUACAGAGAGCUGAGGAAAUAUUUCCUGCUGUAAAACAAAUGAUGAACUGCUUGAAUUCACAGAAAGAAGUACCAGGCUCACAUAGUGAGGCCUGUUUGUCAUUGUCUCUCAGUGGAGUUCAGGCUGUCAACAUAAAAGUUGAAGAAGUCUCAGAUAUGGAAGGUGGGGAGGAUCCUGUGCCAAUGCCAGUUGUAGGAAUAAAGGCUGCACAUGAGGAGGAUGUACCAGCCUCGCAUAGUGAGGCCUGUUCAUCAUCUUCUCUCAGUGGAGUUCAGGCUGUCAACAUAAAAGUUGAAGAAUAUUCAGAUAUGGAGGGUGGGGAGGAUCCUGUGCCAAUGACAGUUGUAGGAAUAAAGGCUGAACAUGAGGACUGUCCACAUCCACACGAAGAUGUCCCAGGUUCAUAUACUGACACAUGUCCUACAACUUCUCAUGGUGCAUUUCAGGCCAUCAGUAUAAAAGAUGAGGAGGUCUCGGAUGUUGAAGAGGUGGAGGAUCCAUUGUCGAUAUCAUUUCCAGGAAUAAAGGCUGAACAUGCGAGUGUGCUGAAUCACCAUCAAUUCAUACAAAGUGAGUGUCCAUUUCCCUGUGAUGUUGAUAAUAAGUCAUUCACCCGUAGUAGUCGUCUGAAGAGACAUCUGCAUAAACAUGCUGCAGCCCGAUCAUUUUCUUGUGAUGUUUGUAAUAAAUCAUUCAGUAGGCGGGAUUAUUUGAAGGAACAUCAACGCGUACAUAGUGGGGAGCGGCCAUAUUCUUGUGAUGUUUGUAAUAAAACAUUCAGUAGGCUCAAUUUUUUGAAGGCUCAUCAGCCCAUACAUAGUGGGAAGCGGGCAUUUUCCUGUGAUGUUUGUAAUAAAUCAUUCAUUAGGCGCUGUUGUUUGAAGGCUCAUCAGCCCAUACAUAGUGGGAAGCGGGCAUUCUCCUGUGCAGUGUGUAAUAAGUCAUAUACCACUAGCAGUGCAUUGGCAAUGCAUAAACGCAUACAUAGUGAUGAGCGGCCAUUUUCCUGUGAUAUGUGUAAUAAAACAUUCGGUAGGCAGGAUUGUUUGAAGGAACAUCAACGCGUACAUAGUGGGGAGCGGCCAUAUUCUUGUGAUGUUUGUAAUAAAACAUUCAGUAGGCUCAAUUUUUUGAAGGCUCAUCAGCCCAUACAUAGUGGGGCGCGGCCAUUCUCCUGUGCAGUGUGUAAUAAGUCAUUUAGCACUAGCAGUACGCUGGCAGUGCAUAAACGCAUACAUAGUGAGGAGCGGCCAUUUUCCUGUGAUAUGUGUAAUAAGUCAUAUACCACUAUCAGUGCCCUGAAGGUACACCAACGCAUACAUACUGGGGAACGGCCAUUUUCCUGUGCUGUGUGUAGUAAGUCAUUUGCCACUAACAAUGUGCUGACGGUACAUAAACGCAUACAUAGUGAGGAGCGGCCAUUCUCCUGUGAUAUGUGUAAUGAGUCAUGUGUGUCUAAGUUUCAGCUUAAGGUACAUCUACGCAAACAUAGUGGAGAGCGGUUAUUUUCCUGUGAUAUGUGUACUAAUUCAUAUACCACUAGCAGUGCCCUGAAUGUACACAAACGCAUACAUAGUGGCGAGCGGCCAUUUUCCUGUGAUAUGUGUAAUAAAUCAUUUAUUUUGAAAUGUCAUUUGAAGGCACAUCAACAUGUAUGCAGUCGGUAAAGGUAAAGUUGUCCCUUUGCUUAAUUAAUUAAGCACAAUGCCUUGAAGACAUUGAGGGAACAAGAUCUGGUCAUUACAGCAGAAUUGCUUUGCCAGUCCCUGUUGGGGAUGGAUGUUGUCAUAUGAUAAUUUUAAUAUGUUUCUUGGUUUACAGAGUGGGCACAUCAAUGCAUGCACACUGGGAGGUGUCAAUUCCUAUGUUAUUUGUGAAAAUAAUUUGGUACAGAGGGUCACCUCAAAUACAGCAAUGUAUUAUCCUCUAAGGUACAAAUGUUAAAUAUAUCUAACAGCAAGUAACACUCCACUGUGGCUGAAUGAUAGAUUUAUCGAAUGCAGUACAAGCAGUACAUGUGCAAGCUUUGGGAGUGCUGGUAGUUUGAUCUUGGACCGCCUCUGUGGUCUAGUUGUUAGCAUUCCUGGCUACAGAUCCAAAGGUCUGGGUUCGAUUCCUGGC